CGACAAGGCAGGAUAUCUGGGUGUAAAGUUGUUUCCCGUUCAUGAACACUUAAUGUCAACUCAACCUUUUGAAAAUGCCCUAAACCCUUGGUAUUUUAUGUACGUUUCAUAAAUUUCUUUUCUUCAAAGGUGUUUCGUAAUUUUUUUGUAUUAUUCAGGUAUCAACCAGUAAGCUACAAGCUCGAGGGCAGAGGUGGUACUCGUGAACAAUUGAGGGAUUUAAUCCAGACGUGUCGUGGCUUUGGCGUUCGAGUUUAUAUUGACGCUGUUCUGAAUCAUUUCACUGGAGCUGGCAACGACAUGAACAAUCAUCGAAAUCCUACGAAUGGGGGAACUGAAUGUUAUAAUGCGAACACAGGCAAAGCACCUAGCCAAGAGUUUCCGGGAGCAGCACUGGGUCCAGAAGAUUUCCACUGUGAUCGACCGCUUAAUUCAUGGGCUGAUUUACCCAUUUUAAAUAACGGUUGGCUCGUUGGUCUUACUGAUCUGGAUACAUCGCGCGAAACUGUUCGCGAGAGACAAGCCGCUUAUUUGGUCGAUAUGCUAAGUUUGGGUGCGAGCGGUUUUAGAAUUGAUGCAGCAAAACACAUUGCCACGAAAGACAUGUCUGCUAUUUUCAAAAAAGUUCAAGCAAAAAUGGGCGGACAAUUACCAGAUGACUUUUUUGUUUGGCUAGAAGUGCUAACAGGCGGGGAAAUUGAAUAUUUGUGGAUGCAACCGUCAUGGUACGGCACAGUAUUGGAGAGUCAGCUUCUGCAAGAUCUUGGUUCGCAAUCUGAAGUGAAUAAGAUAAAGGUAGGGAUUUGGGAUGGCCUUUAUCCAGAUGAAGUUGGUAAUAAUCCAAAAACACCGCCCGUACGUGUUGUCAUUCAAAAUGACGACCACGAUCAGCAGAACCCAGGGUCAUCCAGUCGAGAUAUGGGUUCAAUGGGUUGCGUUUUGGUUAAAAACUGUGGAGUGAAUGAGCAUCGAAAUUUUGAGAUUAAACUCUUCUCAAAUCCAUACAGUGUCCAAAAUAACGCCGAUGAUUGGCCUAUUCGAUUUAUCUUGUCUUCUUAUUAUCAUACAGAAGGCCAUAUGGGCAUCCCGGAUGGCAAAUCGAAUUGUAAACUGUGCACAACCAGUUGUGAUACGUGCCGAGAGAGCAUUUCAUUUAAACCAGCGUACGUAGCCAAUGCUUGUGCUUAUGAAGGAAAUGGUUAUACUCGAACACAUCGUGAUAUUCCCGUGAUAAACGCAAUGCGAGGAUGGAUGGGUUUACCGCCAAUAACUGGAAGCGAUCUUGGAAUCGGCCAUUGCGUUUAA